UUUCCAUUUCUCAAGUUCUUCUCAUAAAAAAUCCCAAUUCUGUGAUCUAAUUACACUUACCAAAAGCCAACUAAUCCUACAAAAACCCUGGAACCCAAAACCCAUGAUCCCUAAAACCACCGACAUGUCCUCCACCAAAGCAAUAAUCUCCGCCGCAGCCUCUGCUGCCGCCACGGCCAUGCUCCUUCUCUCCAUCGCUAAGGAAUUUAUCCCAAACGAGCUCCGACAAUAUGUCUACUUCAAAUUCACAACCCUUCUUGACUCUUUCUCCUCGGAACUAACUUUAGUGAUUGAAGAAUAUGAUAAACUUAACCACAAUCAUCUCUUCACAGCUUCAGAACUCUAUCUUGAACACAUAAUCCCUCACAACGCCCAGAGACUCAAAAUUUGUUUGCCCAAGAAAGAGAAUAACAUUUCUGUCUCCUUACAGGAAAAUGAAGAAAUCAUCGAUACCUUUAAUGGGAUUAAACUGAAAUGGAAGUUUAUUUCAAGAAAAACACCAGUGAAGUUUAUCCCCAGCCCUGAUCAGUAUAGCAAAAUGCCUGUAACCGAGGAAAUGUUCUUUGAGUUGAGCUUCCACAAGAAGCACAAGAACAUGGUUCUCGACGCUUACAUAAAGCAUGUGAUCAAGAAAUCGAAAGAAAUGAAAGAAAAGAAGAGGACAUUGAAGCUGUUCACAUUGAGCCCGGAUAGGAUGACAGGGAGAAGAGGAGAAACAUGGCAGUCUCUGAAUCUUGAUCAUCCUGCUACGUUUGAUACGUUGGCGAUGGAGAUGGAGGAGAAGAGGAUGAUCAUGGAGGAUCUUGAAAGGUUUGUGAAGAGGAAGGAGUUCUAUAAGAAAGUGGGUAAAGCUUGGAAACGUGGGUACUUGCUGUUUGGUCCACCAGGGACCGGGAAAUCAAGCUUGAUUGCUGCAAUUGCAAAUUAUCUCAAGUUUGAUAUAUAUGACUUGGAGCUGACUGAUCUUAAUACCAAUUCUGAGCUGAGAAGGCUGUUGAUUUCGACUGGGAAUAAGUCCAUACUGGUGGUGGAGGACAUUGAUUGUUCCAUCGAUUUGCAAAAUAGGAAUGCAGAAGCCGGAGCUCUCAGGCCUCAACCUAGUCGAGGUUAUACUCAAGAAAGAAAUAAGGUUCAGGUGACGCUAUCAGGAUUCCUGAACUUUGUGGAUGGAUUAUGGUCAAGCUGUGGGGAUGAAAGAAUCAUAAUUUUCACAACCAAUCACAAAGAAAAGCUUGAUCCUGCCCUGCUGCGACCAGGACGAAUGGAUGUGCACAUCCACAUGUCUUGUUGCAGUCCAUGUGGAUUCAAAACCCUGGCAUCCAAUUACCUGAGGAUUACAGAUCACCCAUUUUUCGUCGAGAUUGAAGAGUUGAUGAAGACAACGACGAUUACUCCUGCAGAAGUAGGUGAGCAGCUGAUGAAAAGUGAGGAACCUGAGAAUGCUUUAAGAGGUCUGAUUGGGUUCCUGGAGCGCAAGAAGAUAGAAGACGAAGAGAGGAAGAAGCGAGAGAAUGAUGAAAGCAAAGCUACAAGUGAAGAAUCAGGAAAGCAGAAGAUGGAGAAUGGUGAUAUUUAGAGGAGUAGAUAGAAAGAAUAAACUUAUGAACUGAAUGAAAAUUUGUUUGUGGGAAAAUUCUGUGGAUGAGAAUGCUCAAAAGCCUUCUACUCUAAUCCAGCUCGAAUAAUUUGCAUCCAACUCACAAUCUGUGAAAAGCAAUUUCCGUCUCUGAUGUGAAGUGUUCACA